AUCCUGCCAUAUUGUUUUUGUAGUGGAAUGGUUGUCGGUCACUGAACAAUUUUAUUACGUUCUACCUUAUUAUUUGCCUCGAAGCUACAUUAAACAGUUUAUCAUUAUUAUGCGUUAACCCUCCUUACUAUGGAUGUGCUUUAUUUUUAUAAUUUUCGUCCCUAAAUUAUUUGUGGAUUCAAUAUGGGGAGACAAGUAAUUUCAUUUAUUUUAUUGUUUCUGUUUCAAUAUGUUUCUGGACAGCAUUAUCAGCUUUGCGAGAAUAAUACGAAGAUAACCCGUAGUUGUACAACACAGAUAUUGGGUGAAGAUUAUUCAGACGAUAAUACAUGUAAAGUAGAAUACAUUCCACCAAAUAGUUCUGACUGUACAGACAACUUUGGACCCAUUUCUUCGAACUCCCAUAUUGGUGGAGUUAGCCUCAAGCCCUACAUAUUACCAAUAGUUCAUCGUGACAACAGGACUUACUAUUCUGUCAAUUAUACUGUCCUUAAUAUUACAUUUAGUAAUAUAAAAUGGAAAACAAUGAAAUUCCGAUUUCAAAAAUUCAUGAACGUAGAAAGUCACUGCAGAAAUAUUGUCAUUUCAAAUGAUGUCACCAUCAACGAACAAUCAAUGCUCUACUAUGACUGCUAUUGGUCUCUUACCGAUGGUGAUUAUAAUGGUCAAAGUCAUAUACUUGAUUUUGAGGCAACCGAUGAUGUAGUGGUCAACAGAGGGCGAUAUAACUUCAACAUACCAUCUGCCGCAAUGUUAAGUCCAACAAUAAGUGAAAACGAUUGGAAGCCAUUUGUAUACAUAGAAAUACUAACUACCUCUAUGAAGUUACACAUAAUGCCACCUCCGGCUCAGUUAAAGAUAACGGCAUAUCAAAUUGAAGUUAUGAAAGAGUGUAGCAAAGGGACUCAGUGUAAAGAAACAGUUAAAAGCACAACGAUCAAGUUAAAAAAUAACACCCAAGAAGUAUCAUAUGACUACAGUUUAUUAAUUAGUGCUGGAACAUAUUACUUUGUUGUUACCCCGAUACAUGAAAAAUGUAAGAGAGAACAAGUUAAAUGCCAGUCUGUCGAGAGUCCGAGGAUAAUUAUCAGUAGCGAAGUUCAUCAGAAAUUAAACAUCUGUAUUGCUAGCAUCACAGCUCUGGUGGUGGCGACCUUGUUUGCAUACUAUAUUGUCCUUCGUGUGAUCCGUCGUUAUUGGUGCAAGGAGUAUGGAGAGAAAAUUCCACCUCCUCCAAAAGUUCUAGUAAUCUACUCGCCAGCAAACCGCCUCCAUGCCGAAUGUGUGGCUUCAUUUGUUGCUUACCUCCGGGCUGAGUAUGGCUUUGAUGUGAUGUACGAUGGAGAUAUCUCCAAAACAUCUCACAGUGAUCCGGUUAUAUGGGCGGAUGAAGCACUCGAACUUGCUACUCAUGUAAUAUACAUUGUUGGUCCAGCGGAAAACACAAAUCUUUACAACAACAUCUAUGACAAACCCAUUAUAGCGCACAAGGACGUUGACAUUAUCCUUUUAAACCACCUAAAAGGCGCCAGAGUCUCCAGCUGCUUAAAAGUCAUCAAUGUCUUCUUUGAACAUUCCAAUGGCCGAGUACCGAAUGAAACAAAACAUGAUAAACCAUUCUUCUUGCUUAAGGAUUGGCAGAAAUUAAUUGCGUACUUGUCAAAGAAUUUGCUACCCAAGAAACAGAUAAUGCGGACAGAGAAAGGACGAUGUUUUCUGGAAGACUUAACAAGGGCCAAAGAGUUGCUUAAUGGAAGAAAUGAUGAUGUUAUAAUCAGAUGUGAAAAGAAUUUACUGGAGAAGAAGGUUCUAUUGUAAUUGAGAUUACAAGGAAAUAUCUUUGUUAUUUCAAAAUGAAUAAGUGUUAUAAUAGCAUUAAAUAUUUUGUUAAUAAAUGUAAAUUAAUCAGUUUUUAGAAGUAAUAAUUGUUUGUUCAUGAAAAUAAUAUCAAGUGUUUCAGAAGAAACUUAAGAUAGCAAAAUGAUUCACUAUUUCAAAGCAUUUCUUCUAUUUAAAUGGAUUCCUUUGUAGUGAAACUUAUUGAAAUAAAUUUUAUAUUAUGAGGAAGUCAUUGUUGAAGACUUGUGUUUGUGAAUAAAUGUGAAUAAUUUUAAGGAAUUACAAAGUGUAAUUUGAACAAGGAAGCGAUUUUAGAAGUGAGAACCACUUUGAUUUCGCAAUGCACAAGUUAUCACUUUUCAUGGUAUUGUUAAUAAAAUGUUGUCUAUUUUUAUUGAUAUGUAAUAAUUUGAUAUAAACAUAUUCAAUGUAAGGAUAAAAUGUUUAGUCUAUGAUUAUAAUAUUUUUCUAUGUAUCUCGAUCACAUAAAUAUUAUAUUGUAAUUCGAGAAUAUUUUUGUGGUUAUAUAUAAUCGUUAUGCCUACCCUUAGUUAUUUAAUAUAGACACAUAAGCCACGCCUCCAAAUAUAUAAUUAAGUUUUUUCCACCUACAGUUUAUGCAUGUAAUUUUUUUUUUCUUUGACUCGUUGCAUUUUGUCUAGUCAAUGUUGUGCUAGAGAUGUAAUUCUAAUUUUAUAUAGGCAUACAGAUUAAGACAAUUUAUGGCAACCCUGUCGAUUACAAAUUUUAUUUAUUAUAAUUAACAUUAAACAGAAAGAUUAACUGAUUUUUCAUCACAUAUGUAAUAUUUUUGUUAAUCUUUAUAACAAAGAUGUUUUAUGAGCAGACAUUCUUUCGUUUUUAUAAGUAUGUGUGCUUGAAAUGAAAUAAUAUAUAUAAGGGGUGGUGUGGUUUAUACGCCCCGUUACUUGUAUUACUUAUAUUAUGAAAGUAUAUUAAUAUUUAUAUAAUCUGUUGUCUUAUUGUAAGUAUUUCGAACAAAAUGUUAACAUAUCUUGGCACUCUUUUUAUAUAAUAUUUUCAUACUAUUUCUACUUCCAAAUGCAGGUCCUAGCUUUUAGCUUUUGCAUAGUCCAAAGACAUGAAAAUCGUUCAUUAAAAUAAACCUAUGGCUUUCCUUUCAUUAAUAAUCAUUUAAAAAUUAUUAGAUGUUAUGAUUAAGAAGUUUAAUAAAUCUUUUAUGUGUAGAAUAAUUUCCUUGCUUUAAAUUGGUGUACUUGAUAAUUUAGUGCCAUAGGACUUUCAUUGAAUGUAUGUAAAGUAUUUUUAUGAAGGGAAUUUCGGCUGCUUCAUUUGUGAUAAGGUUGCAAAAAGUUAUUUAAAGAUAUAUGCUUAAAGAAAUAUUAUGUAAGCAUUAUUAAAUCACUAUCACAUUUAAUGUUACAUUAAUUUGACAUUGAAGGAGUCUUGAAAUUAUAUUUGUGUAUAUGUUUGUAUUGUAAUGACACGGCCACUGUUGGUGUCCAUAACUCUCAUACGUACCUACAUGUAUCGUUGAUCUCAAUUCCAAACUGUUGGAGUGAAUGUGUUCUAUCAUUAUACAGGACUUUUAAGCUCAAUAUAUACUUUGUGAUGUAUUUUUGUAAAUAAAAUCUUAAAUAU